AUGGCAUACUUCUACCUUACCUCCGGUGGCCACGUUGGCCGCGAGAGAUCACGUUACCUUUCUUCCCACAUGUUUGCCACUCACUCCCCCGCCUCGGCCUCGUCUGGCCAGGCCAACGACGCAACUGACUCCUGGGUCAACAGCCACUCCCUGCUCUCCGCCCAGGAUGUCCUCGACUACUCUUCCUUCUCCGACAGGUCCAACUCGCCCGUCCUUUCUAUCCAAUCCUUGGCUUCAGAGCAGCACAGCCCCAACCUGGACGCCUACUGCUUCAACGACUUUACCACUCCCUCGGCUGCCUCUUCUCCCUUUGAACAGGCCCUUCAGGAACAGGCCAUUGCCGCCACUGUCAAGUCGUCGGCCAAUGAAACGGCUCGUCAAGCAGCCCUUCUCCACGCCUACCUUGCCGCCCAGAACUUGGCCUAUACUCAGCAGCUCCAGCACCAACGAUGGGACUUUGCCGCCAUGGCUCAGUUGGAGACCGCUACUCAAGCACAGGCCCAGCUUCAGCAACAACAGCAGCUGGAGGAGGCGAAGCGCCGCGAGGAGCAGGAGCAAGUUGUCAGGACUCAACAGUCGGACGCCCAGAAUCUUGCACGCUAUCUCUCUCAGAUGCAGAAGGAAGAGCCGGCUUCUCAGGAGGAGGACAUGGACAAGGCCGAUGCAGCUUCGGAUACCAUCAGUGCACCUCCAUCUCCUUCUUCGACCACGUCGGCUCAUGUUGAGCGUUCGCCCAGCCCCGAGUCGUCCUGUCAGGAAAGCAACACGCCCAAGGCACCCAAGUCUUCGCGCAAACUGGUCUGCUUCAACUGCAAUGUUACCCAGACCCCUCUGUGGCGCAGGACUCCCGACCGCAGGCACUCGCUCUGCAACGCCUGUGGAUUGUACUACAAGCAGUAUGGCGCCCACCGUCCCUUGAAUGUCCGCCACAAGCUACCAACCGUUUUGGCUGAUGUCCGCAUGGGCGCCAUGCCCUAUGCCCGUCCCUCCAGCCAUGGAAUGACUGCCGAGUCGUCAGCGUCGUCCGAGAGCGAUUCUGAUUCGGGUAGCAGCAACGCUGUCUCUCUGCCUGCCUUGACCAAGAUGUACUCGGAGGCCCUUCUUCGCCCAGCGGAGCAAAAGAUUACCCCACCCCUGAUGACCGCCAAGCAAGGUAUCGAGUGCGCCAACUGCUCGCAGACGCAGACCCCCCUCUGGCGCAAGAACGAUGCUGGUGAGCCCAUCUGCAACGCCUGCGGCCUCUACGCCAAGCUGCAUAAGCGUUCCCGCCCUGUCACCAUGCGCAAGUCCAAGAUCUCGCGCCGCCGCCGUGACUGGGGAGGCAACCUUGCCCAGCAGGCUCAAGCUCAGGCCCAGGCAUUGGCCAUGGUCCACGUUCAAGUCCAGGCCAAGGUCCAGGCUCAGGCCGCCGAGGUCAAGAAUGCUUCGAUUGUGACCGGUAUUGUCUCUUCCGAGGAGCCAUCGUCGAUUGAAGCUUCUUUGAUCCAGGAGAUGACCCGCAGGGCUCAGGCCCUCCAAGGUUGUCCAGCGCCUUCUGUUCAUUCGAGCGAUAGUGAGGAGGAGAUGGAGGAAGUCCAGGAAGCACCCAAGCAGCAGCAGGAGAUUCCCACUCCCGUUCUUGCCCUUUCCCCUGUUCCUGCUCCCGCUGUCGUCGCAACUGCAGCUGCUGGAACUGUUGCGCAGAAGCUGUCUGGCAAUGCGAUUAUGGACGAGAUCAAGUUUUCGGAUAUGGUCUCUCAGAUGAACGCGCACCAGAUGAACCGGUUCCUUUCGAUCCUCGAGAGCCGAUGCGGUGUCUUGCGCAACCGCCUCCUUGCCAGCACCGAGCCCGACCAGUCGAGCCUCGAUCACCUCUUUUAG